AUGAAGUAUUUUACCUUGUUCAUGAUUUCUUAUAUAUUCAUAUCAAUAUUUGUUUUCAGUCACAUUCACGAUGUGGAAGCUCGCAACCGGAUCUGUAGAACCUCGGAGAAAUACUAUCGCGAAUUUUGCGGCCAUGCAGGAAACGACGAUUGCCUUUCAAAAUCAACCAAAAAACCUAAACCAUUUAAAUGUGUUUGCCAUGAUAAUAGGAGUCAGAAUAUAACUUCAAUUAAUGAUCGAUAUAAUAACUGCAUAUGUACCUUUUAUUGCUAA